AGUUCCAUAAAAUGAAACCCAAAACCUCAAAAGACUUAAGUUGAGUCUCCUCAUCUGUCUCUCUCUCGCUCAAAACCCAGAAAAUCUAAAAGAAGAAAAAGCUUUCUUUGGGAACUAUCUCUGUGUCUCUUCUCCUUCAAUUCUCCAUGUCUGAUGAGGCCAGAGAUGAUGUUUUCCACCAUAACCCAUUUCACUAUCCCUCCAUGUAUAACCAGAUUGUUCAUGGUGGGGUUGGGGAGACUUCAUCAGCUAGGGAUCUUCGUGGUUCUGAUCCAUCUUUCAUGUCCUUCACUGACUGUUUACAUGGCUCAAUGGAUUACAAUUCACUAGCAAGAGCUUUCGAGUUUUCGUGUUCAUCGCCGCCUGAUUUGUUUGUUUCAGAUAGUAAUUCUCACAAGUUGAGUGGUGGUGGUGGUGGUGGUGGCGGUGGUGGUGGUGGUGGUAGUAGUGGUGGUGGUGGUCAGGGUGAUUCAGUGGGGACUGGUUGUGACAUUUCAGCAACAGCGAAUUCAUCUGUGUCUUCUUCUUCUAGUGAAGCUGCGGCUGAAGAAGACUCAGGGAAAAGCAAGAAAGGUCAACAGCCUAAAGGAUCUGAAGAUGGGCCAGAAAAAUCUAAGAAAGUGAAUAACAAGCCCAAAAAGAAAGGAGAGAAGAGGCAAAGAGAACCGCGAUUUGCUUUCAUGACGAAAAGUGAGGUUGAUCAUCUUGAAGAUGGAUACAGAUGGAGAAAAUAUGGGCAGAAGGCAGUGAAGAAUAGUCCUUACCCAAGGAGCUAUUAUAGGUGCACUAGCCAGAAGUGUACAGUGAAGAAACGCGUCGAGAGAUCAUUUCAGGAUCCAUCUAUUGUGAUUACUACAUAUGAAGGCCAACACAUCCAUCCAAUCCCUUCGGCACUUCGAGGGAAUGCAGCGGCCGCCGGACUAUUUGCACCUUCAAUGUUAACAACACUGCGAAGGCCCGGACCAAUGUUCCCCCAUGAACUACUGAUUCAAAUGCCUCAUCCCACAAAUAGCCAAGGUGACACAAGCUCCAUGUACACACAAAACUUUACUACUAUUCAGCAGCUCCACCAGUUUCCUGACUAUGGCCUUCUUCAAGACAUAGUACCUCCCUUCUUCCCAAAGCAACAACCAUGAUAUGAAACCUCUACUUAAUUAUAUCUCUUAUCCUACUUACAUUGUACAUGUAUUAAAUUUUCCAUCCUGAACCUAUGCCUGUAUGAUAUGGGUAGGGCAUUAAAUUCAUCUUUUGACUUAUUAGAGCACAAAUAUUCUUCUUGAUCUUACAAAACCCACUUCAGUUUUGUCAAAAGGUGCAUCACUCUCUUUCUAUUUGUGAAAAGCUGGUCGGUAAUUAGGUUUCAAAUAAGGGAAACAAGUAUAAGAAUGGAGCUUUCUUAGAGGAUUGCAUGCUUUUGCUAAAAUGCAUUUAAUGUAUUUUAGUUGUUUGAUAUGAAGAUGUGGGACUGCAAGGAGUUGGGAAGAUACAUAUAUAAAAGGCCAGUUUCAGUUAGAAAACCUAGACUUUAUUAGAAGAGAAAAUAAGGGUUUUUUAGGGAUGGAAGUCAGGGGAAGGAAGGAUAUGAUUGUAGUGUGAGAAAGGGAAUUGUGGGCCUUAGUAUUAGAAAACCCAACAGCCUUUCUACUUCUCUUGUCUUUUUCUUUUUGCAUAUAAUUUGAAUUCCAAAAACAAGUUUUCAAUGAAGACUCAUCUUAAUUGA